AUGGAAUUAUCCUAUAAUCAGCUUAUCGAUUCAAUUUCAAUUACUCUAGGAGACUUAACUGAGCUCAAAUUUUUGUAUCUUGAUUCUAACCAACUUUCUGGUCCCAUUCCUAGUGAGUUGGGGAAUUUGAAAAACCUCACUCAUUUGGAAUUAUCCCAUAAUCAGCUUACCGGGUCAAUUUCAAUUACUCUAGGUGACUUAACUGAGCUCAAAUUUUUGUAUCUUCAUUUGAACCAACUUUCUGGUCCCAUUCCUAGUGAGUUGGGGAAUUUGAAAAACCUCACUGAUUUGGAAUUAUCCAAUAAUCAGCUUAGUGGUUCAAUUCCAAUUACUCUAGGUGACUUAACUGAGCUCAAAUUUUUGUAUCUUUAUUCUAACCAACUUUCUGGUCCCAUUCCUAGUGAGUUGGGGAAUCUGAAAAACCUCACUCAUCUGGAAUUAUCCCAUAAUCAGCUUACCGAUUCAAUUUCAAUUAUUCUAGGUGACUUAACUGAGCUCAAAUUUUUGUAUCUUUGUUCUAAUCAACUUUCUGGUCCCAUUCCUAGUGAGUUGGGGAAUCUGAAAAACCUCACUCAUAUGGAAUUAUCCCAUAAUCAGCUUACCGGGUCAAUUUCAAUUACUCUAGGUGACUUAACUGAGCUCAGAAUAUUGUAUCUUUAUUCUAACCAACUUUCUGGUCCCAUUCCUAGUGAGUUGGGGAAUUUGAAAAACCUCACUGAUUUCGUAUUAUACAGUAACUAG